AUGGCUUCUACACGCAAAGAUGAUAAUACAAUUUAUCGCAUUCCGCCUUACUAUUACAUCCAUGUUCUUGAUCAGAACACAAAUGUCACGAAAAUUGAAAUUGGGCCUCAGACAUUUAUCCGACAAGACAACCAGAGAGUCAAUCUUGGUCCCGAGAAGAUGAUUGUAGUGCCGCCCCGUCACUACUGUGUCAUUGAGAAUCCAGUCUGGCGAGACAAAGACGGCAAGCCUGUGAUUGACAAACUUGGCCAGGCCAAACUUCAACAUGCGGACCAAGAAAUUAGAUUAACACAGGAUCCUUUCCCUCUAUACCCUGGGGAACUUCUGAAACAGCCUGUCACUGCCCUAAAAGUGGUCCAAGCUAAUUCUGCUCUUAGGAUCCGUGCUGUUCUUGAUUUUGAGGAUGAGAAUGGUGAAAAAAGGACCGCGGGCGACGAGUGGCUGUUUGAAGGACCUGGAACCUACAUCCCACGCAAAGAGUGCACAGUUGACGAAACAAUUCGAGCCACAGUGAUUGGUCCAAACCAGGCCAUUCGGCUGCGUGCCAGAAAAGAAUGCCAGGACAGGGACAGCAACCCCAGGGUGACGGGAGAAGAGUGGCUGGUGAAGAAGACAGGGGCCUACUUGCCAGGAGCAUAUGAAGAAGUCAUCAGUGUUGUUGAUGCGUAUGUGCUUACAGAAAAGAAAGCUCUACACAUGCGAUCUCUAAGAACAUUCAAGGACGACUUUGGAGUCUUGAGGAAAAAUGGUGAAGAGUGGCUCAUCACAAUGAAGGACACAGAGACCCACAUCCCAAAUGUUUAUGAAGAGGUUGUAGGUGUGGUUAACAUCACAACACUGAACAACCGCCAGUACUGCGUCAUCCUUGACCCGGUCGAUGACUCUGGCAAGCCUCAGCUUGGUCAGAAAAAGUUGGUUAAGGGAGAGAAAUCUUUCUUUUUAAUGCCUGGUGAAAAACUGGAGAAAGGGACCCAGAGUGUGUUCAUCCUUGGUGAAGAUGAGGGACUUAUUCUGAGGGCCACGGAAACAUUUCAAGAUGGGGAAGUGACCCGUUCACCUGGUGAUCGGUGGAUGAUUCGCGGCCCAACAGAAUAUGUGCCUCCAGUUGAAGUGGAAGUUGUGAUGAAGAGACAAGCUAUUCCGUUGGAUGAAAAUGAGGGGAUCUAUGUACGGGACAUCAAAACAGGCAAAGUACGAGCAGUUCAAGGAGAAACCUACAUGCUUAGCCAAGAUGAGGAACUCUGGGCAAAAGAGUUACCUCCAGCAGUUGAGGCCCUGCUGACUGUCGAUGUCGUAGCAGAACGCAGCGAUCGCAAGACAGAUUCCAGCAAAGCUGAAAAGCCUCGAGACAAGACCCGAGUUGUUACUUUCCGUGUACCCCACAAUGCAGCUGUACAGAUUUAUGAUUAUAAGGAAAAGAAAGCAAGAGUCAUCUUUGGACCAGAACUGGUAAUGCUGGGCCCUGAUGAGCAGUUCACACAACUGAGUCUGUCUGGCGGAAAACCCAAGAAACCCAAUGUGAUUAAAACUCUUUGCCUGUUGCUGGGACCAGAUUUCUGCACAGACAUUGUUGUUGUUGAAACUGCUGACCAUGCCAGAUUGUCUUUACAAGUUUCAUACAAUUGGCACUUCACCGUGGUUGAAAAAACUGCUACAGAAGCUGCCAAGUUAUUCAGUGUCCCUGACUUUAUUGGUGAUGCCUGUAAAGCCAUUGCAUCCAGAAUCCGAGGAGCAGUUGCUCAAGUUCAGUUUGAUGAUUUCCACAAGAACUCCGCUAAAAUUAUCAGAGCCUCUGUGUUUGGCAUUGAUGCCAGUGGCAAGGUGAAGGACGUCUUCCUGUUCCCACAGAACAAUUUGGAGAUCACCAGCAUUGACAUUCAGUCCGUGGAGCCGGUUGACCAGAGAACUCGGGAUGCCCUGCAGAAAUCUGUCCAGCUGGCUAUUGAAAUCACCACCAACUCCCAGGAAGCAACAGCAAGACAUGAAGCAGAACGACUGGAACAAGAAGCUAAAGGCCGACUGGAGAGGCAGAAGAUUUCAGAUGAGGCCGAGGCUGAAAAGGCUCGCAAAGAACUGCUGGAACUGCAGGCAAACAGUGCGGCUGUGGAAAGUACUGGGCAGGCCAAGGCAGAGGCUCAGAGCAGAGCCGAGGCUGCAAGAAUUGAGGGAGAGGCAGCGGUAGAACAGGCUAGACUGAAGGCUCAGGCCAGCAAGAUAGAAGCCGAAUCUGAACUAGAUCGCCUCACCCAUGCCAGAGAAGCUGAGUUGAAAUAUUUAACUGAACAAAACAAGCUUGAGUUGGAGAAAGCUGCAGAGACCUCUAACAUUGAAGUCUCAAAGUUCAAGGAAAUGGUUCGUAUGCUACAAGCUCUGGGGCUCAAAUCCACACUCAUCACUGAUGGCUCCUCGCCCAUCAAUCUCUUCACCACCGGAGCUGGCUUGAUCGGAAGUCUCGUUCCUUCCAAACGACGACAUCAAGACACUCAGGAUGAUGAUGCUGCAUAA